CGUGGCUUAAUUCACCUCAGUUUAUUGGGGCAAUACUUCCAUCAAGGAUGAAAGCAAUAUUCAUUUGCGUUAUAAUUGCAAUGUUGGGCUCAGCCCAGGGCUUUAAAGACAGAAUCUGCAAUCUUGAUCCGUUUGUGCAAGGACCAUGUUUGGAAGUAAUGACCCUGUAUUCCUAUUUGAGCGCAAGAAAUGAAUGCGUAUUCUGGCAGGGCUGCUGGCUAAAUGGUAAUCAGUUCACCAACAAAACUGAAUGCGAAGCCAAAUGCAAGACUUCCUUUUUAAGAUAAUGUAAUUUACGAAGCUAGGAAAUACUGAUUUCCGUUCAAGUGUUAAAAUAGAGCUUUAAACAACA